AAAUUAAAUUUUAUAUUGGCCAACCUGUUACUUAUAUGUCACUUUAAUCCUACGUUGACAAAACAAAGUAAACAUACGUGAUACAAAAAAGUGAGGUUAAGUUAUUUAAUAAUAAGUUGAUAAAAAGAAUAUAAUUAAUAAUUAACAUGAAUUUAAUAAAAUGAUCGACCAAGAAAGCCCGCAACAGCGUCAAAAAGAGGAGUUUGAAGUGUUAAAAUCGAUGUACCCAAAUGAAUUGGUCGAUUUACGUAAAAUUAGCGCAAAAAAUAAGUGGAAACCGCUAAAUUUAUCGUUAACGUUGUUGCCAUCGCAAGGAAACGAUCCGACGAAAGUCUACGCGAAAGUUAAUCUUCACAUAAGUUGUUCCAACAAGUAUCCUGAAGUAGCGCCUAAAAUUGAAUUGGAUCAAAAUGGGGGAUUAACUAAGGAAGAAUUAAACAUAUUACAAAAUGAACUUGAAAAUUUGGCCCAUUCUAAAAUUGGGGAGGUUAUGAUUUUUAAUUUAGCCGAACAUGUGGAGUCUUUUUUAGAUUCGCAUAGGAAACCGUUAAGUAAAAGUUGUUAUGAUGAAAUGGUUACUAGGCAGAAACGGAAAGAAGAGGAGGAAAGGCAAGCUUUGGAAAGAGAAAUGGAUAGAGAGCGUAAAGUUCUUCAAAAAGAAAUUCAAGAACGCGAAGAAAUGAGUAAAAUCGAAUCUUCGCAAGACACGAGCAGCAAUGAUGAAGACACCUAUAAAUUCAAACGGAAUUCGUCUGUUGAGUUAUGUUGUUGUGAUAAGGAGGCGUCAAAAACGGUCGAAUUUUCUACAGUUCCGAGAGUUGUACAGAAAGGAAAAUGUUUACGUCAUGUAAGUUCAUCGUUGGUGUUAUUUACAUCGAUGGACUACCAAACUGGCGAAAUUCUUUUAAUGUACGAAUGGAAAAUACAGAAAAAAGACGAUUUUUUAACAUUAGCAAAGUUAAUUUCGGCAGCUGAACAGGAAUUUACAUUCCUCGUUAAAUUAGAACAUUCGAAUCUCGUUCAUUAUUUGAACAUAAAGUGUGAUUAUUCCGAUCAUAACUAUAUCAAAAUUUAUUUACUACGUGAAUUUGCUUACGGUCUUAAUUGCCAGGAAUUAUAUUUAAAUAACAAAAUAUCUGUAGGAGCGGAUAUGUUGAGGUAUAUCGCUACAGAUGUUCUCAGUGCGCUGGAUUAUUUACAUCAAAACAAUGUUGUUCAUAAAGAAAUUGGGGCAUCGUCGAUAUAUCUAACAAAAACGAAUGUAAAACUCGCAAAUUUCAGUUUAUAUAGGCGCUUCACCGAUAUAACUUCAUCGAAUCACCAAACAAACUACAACAAACGCACAGACAUUUAUAGAUUUGGUUUAUUUUUAUUGUCGUUGUUAAAAGGCGAAGAAAUUGAUGAGGUUGUUCACAUUCCAGAAUCAAUUUCUGCAGAUUUAUACGAUUUUUUGAAACAAUGUGUAGGAGAAAAUGAAAAGGGGCGUUUUACUACUCAACAACUUUUAGAACAUCCGUUUAUAAAACUUCCCAUUGAAAAGAUAUGCUUAGAAUCCGAAUUACAUUUUUCUCCAAACCAUCAAUCAACUCUAACCUUGGAACAACAAUUGGCCGAAUUGCAAUCGUUUAAAAGCAACGCGAUCUUGCAAUCUCGCGUUCAAACUGAAUUUGAGGUCUUACACACGAUAGGAAAAGGUGCGUUUGGCGAGGUGUUUAAAGUUCGUAAUAAAUUGGAUCAGCGUUUUUACGCAAUCAAACGAAUGGUUUUAAAUCCGAAAAAGAAACAAGGCAAUAAAAAAAUCAUACAAGAGGUUAAAACGUUGUCGAGAUUAAAUCACGAGCACGUUGUUCGAUAUUUUAAUUCAUGGAUUGAGACGACCAUUGUUGAGAAUGAUGAUGGUAGCUUAUUCACAUCAACGGACACAUCGCGGGCGACUCCGUUUGAAAAAAAAUUAGUUAUAAGAGAAAAAACUGAUAGUUAUUUGGAGAAAUUAAACAAUUAUAAUCACAAAGAAUGGUCGAUCAGUUUCAAACCGAAAUCGUCGAAUCGUAAAAGUUCUUCGUCGUCGGAAUCUGUAUCGUUCUUCGAAUCGGAUUCUAGCGAUGACUCAGCUUCGGAUAGCAUCGAAUUUGAACGCGAUGAAAACGAAAUUAACUCGGAAAAUAAAUCAGAAGAAAAUAUACAAACGAUUGAUACUAUUGAUGCGGUUAAUAGAAAACCAACAAGAGAAAUUCAAUACAUGUAUAUUCAAAUGGAGUUUUGCGAAAAAAGCACGUUAAGAACCGCAAUAGAUGCUGGUUUAUGCAGUGAUAAGGAUCGCGUUUGGAGGUUGUUUAGAGAAAUCGUCGAUGGUUUGAUUUAUAUUCAUCAACAAGGUAUGAUUCAUAGAGAUUUAAAACCAGUUAAUAUCUUCUUAAAUAAAAACGAUCAUGUAAAAAUCGGUGAUUUCGGUUUGGCCACACCAAGUUUACUACCAAAAGCUAACGAAUUGGCGAGUAUUAAUUCAAGUGGAACAGAAUAUGGAGUAGAUAAAGUCGAUAAAAGUAUGACCGGUCACAUCGGCACUGUAUUAUACGUCGCCCCAGAAAUAGACGCCGAAAAACCGAGUUACAAUCAAAGAGUCGAUACGUACAGUUUGGGAAUAAUAUUUUUUGAAAUGUCUUAUAAGCCGAUUAACACCGGGAUGGAAAGGAUUUUUAUUUUAACUAAAUUACGAACGAAAGAAAUUGAGUUUCCAUCGGAUUAUUUAAAGUUCGGCUCUACAUCCGCCGAAACAAUUAUUAAAUUGCUCUUGAAUCAUAACGGAAAUGAGCGGCCUUCUUCUUUAGAAUUAAAAGAAAAAUAUAUUCCUUCGCCAACAGAAAAGUACAACGUUAUCUUAGAACAUGUUAGAAACGCACUUGCGAAUCCUAAUUCGAAAAUUUACAAAGAUUUCAUGUCUCUUUGUUUGCAACAAAAUAUCACGCACGCUCAAGAUAUUCUUUACGAUCGGGAUCCGUCGAUCUGGAACAUGUACAAACAUCGAAAGCUAUAUGAUUUUGCAAGAAAGUCUAUCAUAAAAACUUUUAAAUUACAUGGUGGGCAAAACAUUCCGACGCCACUUUUAUUACCAAAAAGCAAAUUUUAUGAACAUGUCGAUAGUUGCGUUACAUUAAUGACGAAAAAUGGAACUAUUGUUUCAAUACCACAUGAUUUACGGUAAACUCAAAUUUUAAUAAUAACUCAUAUACAGGAUGAUUCACAUAAGAA